GAUAUGCUGGUGUAUUCUGUAGACUUGUUCACCAUAAACGUUUUGUUUUAUUUGUUUGAUUAAGAGUAUCAACUCUGUAAAGGCGCAUGCUUUGGUCCGUCCAUUAGUUUGUCAAGAACCUGUUUGUUGGAUGUGUCCUACCUAGCUUGAGUUUUGUUCGUUAUUGUAUUUUGAUUUUCGAAAUUUAACGGCAGAAACGUCAUGGGUGUGUCAUGUGGAAAUACAACUCGGCUAAUCUUUAUGCUAGUGCUUGUUAUAAUUUAUUUCCUGGUCGAGUUGGUCGUUGGAAUUUCUAUACAUUCUAUCUCUCUGGUCGCAGAUUCGUUUCACAUGUUAUCUGAUUGUCUUGCUUUGGUAAUUGGAAUCGUAGCAUCUCAGAUAGCCAAAUGGCCUCGGUCGUCUAGAAAUACUUUUGGAUGGCAGCGAGCUGAAGUGAUGGGCAGUUUGAUCAACACGGUCGUUUUAAUUACAUUAUGCAUGACUAUUCUUUUGAGGGCCAUUGAACGAUUUAUUGAGACUCAGGCAAUUGAAAGUCCUCAAAUGAUGGUAUAUGUUGGUUGUGGAGGUCUCCUGGUUAACAUACUGGGACUUAUUGUUCUUGGCGGUCAUUCACAUGAGGGUUCGCAUGGCGGAAUCGAUUCGACGGUAGACGCAUCACUAACACCAACAGCCUUCGGUACUACUUUACCAUUAAAUAAUACUGAUGAAGCCUUUUUACAAGUUAAUUCGACACAGCCCAUUUCAGGAGUGAACAAUGUGUAUGAUAUAAUGGAUGGUAAUGCCCUACAACGUUUUACCGAUAAGGACCAACAGGAUAAUUUUGAGGCAUCACAACUUGAUACCAACCAACAAAAGGUUGCUAUUAAAAUCAAACAUAAUCACUCGAAAAAGUCACAUAAAAGCUCGAUGAACAUGCAAGCCGUAUUUCUCCAUGUGUUGGCUGAUUUCAUGGGUUCCGUUAUCGUAGUAGUCAGCGCACUUGUAUUAUUGUUAGUCCCCGGUGAGGUUUCCAAAGGUGAAGCAUUAUGGAAGUUGUAUAUUGAUCCAUCUAUGAGGUAAGUUCUAUUGCUUUUGAAGAAAAACGUUGAAUUUAAGAAAUUUGUUUGCGUUAUGUCGAUACCAAGCUAUUUGUAUACUGUUACACUUUAGAAAUAGGAAUAUAUCAAUGAGGGGUUUAUUAAGCAGCAUAAAGGAAGGUAAGAAGACGAAGGACUAGCGCACACGUGUGUAACUACUGUUUUUUGACCUAUAGGUCUCAAUGCUCUGUGGCGACUCCAUAUUAAAUUCUACCGAAAUGUAUUGUUCCAUUACGUCAAUUGUUUCUGCCACAUUUAGUUUCGUGAAGAACGGUAAGACUUUACUCCACAAUUUAUUCGAAAUCACACGAAAUUGAAACCACCAUCAGUCUAAUAAAAAGUAUAGUAUCAAUAACUCACCCACUAGAUGUAUGUCACAUCCCUUUGUAUACGAAGUCGUAUGUUCUCACUUUUAUCGGGAAUCUACGUUGUUGCUGACUGACUAACUGACCGGGAAUCUCUAUCACAACCAAAUAAAAUGUAUGGAGUUUACUAUGUAUUAAAUUACUGUAUGCGUACCUGAAGGAAUGUUUUAAACACAGUACUUAGUGUUCCCCAUCCUUUUAAAACGUUUCUCAGUACAAUCUAUCGUUGAAAUUAACGUAGUCUUAUUUUGAUUGUCGAUGUCUUACCAUUUUUGAUAAAUCUUCUGUCUUGAUUCCAGAAUAUUAUUACCAAAAUGACAACCUAAUUCGUUUAGCACCUUUUACAGUGAGACAAAUUUUUCAUUUACUUUUUGCUUAAAAAUAUCAAUAUACAGUCAACUAAUUCCCAGCACCAUAGCACAUUUAAAGAUGUUAGGUUAAUUGGUUAGCUUUGAGUACAUUAGCACUAGUUUAACAUUCUAUUUGUUUUGGCUUUGAAAACCAGUUCAUCUGUGACCAUACUGUACUAGCUCUUACCUUUUUUAUUUGUUAGCUCAUCAGAAUUUGCAUUAAUUUGUUCCACACUUUUUCAUUGUGCCAUUACUUUGCCUUCUAAAUAAUCGAAGAAUUCCAGACUUUUCACUUGGCCUAUUAUCGCAUCUGCGUGUCUAGUCCGGAAUAUCAAACAUAUCGACUGCAAAAUUAAUUUUAUUGUAACAACCAUAUUUAAAAUCCUAUGAAUUAUUGGAUAUUCAGCGUGAAAGGAUAAAGUUGAGAUCGACCGAAAAAUAAGGAGUAGUAUAUGAAUAAAUAGGAUCAUAAUAAUUACCGAUUCGACUCCUAGCGGUAGAAAGGGAUUGUUAUUGCGUUCUCAAUAUAGUAGUACAGCCUCACUGGUAUUAGGGAUGUUUUAUUGGGUCAAUGAUGAUUAGUACUGUUCGUUACUUUUGAAUGGUCCGACAAAUUCAAAUUAUCUGUUAGUUUUUGGUUAUUUUACUACCAUGUUGUAUUCAUGGAUUUUUCUGACGAAGAGUAAAUCUCAUGUUUUCGGCGAAAGAUGGCUCUUAACAAAAUAUAACAUUAAAUACAAUCUGUUUGUAUGUUUAGAUUAUAAUCGUAAGUUGUGACUUUAUAAAUCGAUUAACUGUAUUUUGUUCUACCAUUAAGUGAAAGAACGGCUUAAUUAGAAAUGGUUUUAAGUUUCUUCACAGUAAAAAAGCUGUUUAGUUAUCCUGAGACAAAUAAUUCUCGUUCUAAAACUUGAAAAAUAUUACAUGCCUGGUGAAAUAUCGCUAAUGAGAAAGAUAAUUUUGUUACCAUCUACUAUCAAGUUAAUAGUGACUGGUUAAUUUAUGACAAUGUCCUAGUUAUCUUGGUUAGUUUUUAAAAUGGUUUUGGGAUACUAUGACAGUUCUAAAAUUAGCUCUUUCUCAAUAACAUUUUUGCAGUAACAUUUAAAACAAUAUAAAUGGCGGUUUGUUACAGUGAUCUUCCAUUUAAUUGUAUAAACUUUGACCAAUCUUUAGACAUUGGUUAUAUUAAUUAAUCCUAUGGAUAGUAAUAUCAUAUAGUUACUACAGCUUGACGUAUUAACUGAAUAGUUUGCUUAGUUACAUUACCUACUAUAUCAUCAUUUCGACCAAUUCCUGGGUUUUGUUUCAUAGGAUAAUCAAAGUAGGGUGUUUUAUUAUUUUUUUAAAAAUUUGACGCUUGAGUAGUCAACUUUUUUGAGCAUUUAUAAGUUCUUUGUGUAUUUUGUUUCUAUAUUUUAAAUUGUUUAGCAUACUCAUGGUUACCAUAAUCUUGAUUACUGCUAUACCCCUCAGUAAGUCUUCAGUUUUAGUUUUUGUACUUUUGUGAAGCUUAUGAAAAUCAUAGUUUGUAGGGAUGACUGAUUAAGUGGUAAAGUGUCGAUACUAAAAAAAUGACAGGAUGAUGGUAAUCGACAACUACUGACAAGACUAGAUUUUCUGAUCUGUUGGAUUGUCAUAAUCUGCAAACUGGGUGGUAGUAAAAAAAUUAAAUAAUUCCUCAAUAGUGACCGUUUUAUUCGAUCUAGUGAAAUGUUUUGUAGUAUGUGUAAGUAUUAGAUAAGAUAAACUAGUUAAAAAUCGCACAACACAUAGCCUAUUGACAUGAUAUUCGAAAAUUAUUAGAUAUUUGGUGAGUUUAGGACUUCGUACCUUGGAUUUCCAAAUAUUUUUGGUACAUUAUCACGUACAUUUAUUCUCUUAUGCGAAACUACUAUUGAUGUGCCAAUAUCUUUAAAACAUAUCACUAAGCAAACUAUGCAUAGUAAUUAUGUUUGAAUGUUAUCGAACUGACAUACUAUAAUCUUUGUGUAUUUACCAGAUUUAUUUAUAUUGUCUCUCACGUAUCUUUCUGUUAAAUAAUAUUAGCAAUCACUCUUUAGAUUUUGUGAUCAUGGUGACUUAUGUACUACUUUUUUGGUCAAAAUAUAAGAUGUUUAUUCGUAUGAGAAUUUAUUUUGAUUUGAUUUAUUACUCCUAUUUACACUAUCACCUAGACAUGAAUAAUAUUUAAGGAGUUUUAUCUUGUAGUAUAAGUCCCAUCUGUAUUUUAAAGGUCUUUAAAUCUGAUGACGUAUGGUUACAAUAUGGAAACAGUAUCUGCGAACAAGCUCUUUUCCAACCAGGGUCCAUUUUUCGUGUAUACAACGUUCCAGCCUCAAGAUAAUAGGAUUCUUAGAACACUAGUUAUUGAGACCAGCUGUUGAACGAACUUAUAGAUUUGUUACAUGAUGUCACACUACUUUAAGUAUUUUCUUGUACCAUAUAGUUAUAAUAAUUUAAACUACUUAUACUCGUAACGUCUUAAAUUUCCAAGUGAAUUUCCUUCAAGAAUUGCAAUAAAAUAUUGAUAUAUUAAAACUUAUAAUAUCAGGUUCUUCGUUCUUUGUAAGAUAGCUUUUUAUGAGAAUCAUUCCGUUCUGAACUUAGUUGGUAAGUCAGUGAUAGGUGAGAUAAGAGUCCGUUACAAAUAUGUAUCGGCUCAUGUAACCAUAUCAUAUCAGUAUGAUGAAAUGAAAUUAUCAUGACAAGUAUCAUAGUAGUAUGUGUAGUAGUGUCAGUGAUAAUAAAAAAUUAGGUAGCGAAUAUGAUUUUAAAAAAGGAAUGGGUAUAAAACAAUUUUAGAACUCAUGAUCUAAGACUGGUUAAAGACCUUCUAGCUCCCUUCCAAUUUACGCCCACACCAACCAGCAUUUUAUGUCAGAGUAGACAAUCGUUGGACAUACAAAACGUAUGUACCAGGCGCCUCAGUCGAGGAGGAGUUGGAUGGUGCUUCCAAGUCAGGAAAUAUUAUUAUUAUCAUUGUUAUUAUCAUUAACAUGAUUAUUACUACCUGUCGCUGUCCCCUUUUCCAUUCGUUUUUAUUUACUCGUUUAGUUUUCUUCGGUUCGUAUAUAAUUUCUCUUUGUGUUUAAAGCCUGACAGAAGUUGUUGAGUAUCUAUCAUUUCACUAGAUACCACUAAAAAUCACUGAUCUUUUUCCACAUUUUGAUUUUAUUGACUGAUAGAUAUUAUUGCUGUCUUCAAAGCCGUUAGGAUAUUUCACAGAGCUGCUUCAGGAUGAACACCUAUUUAGUGAUUGAAUAAGUGCUUUUAAUUGUCUCUCAGCCAGUCAGUCAGUAACAACGUAGAACUUCGUACGUACGUACAUAAGUUCGAGUUGCCACACCACAUUAGCAUAGAGAUGCAGUGGUCGAUUCAAAUCCCGUAGUAGUAGAGGUAAUAAGAGUAUAAGCAGUAAUCAGGAAAAUUAGGGUUUGGAGAUGUUACUUAAAGAGUAUAAUACAGUGAAAUAAAUUUGGGAAGAGGAAAAAAGGGACAAGGAGGAAUAAGGAGAUCAAAAUUUGGGAGAACACAAAGAGUGGAUGCACCUGCGCCAUUGCAAACGAUUUCGAGCCAUGUCAUUCAGGGUCUCUAACCAUCGGUUGCUAUCAUCUCGCGGUCCCCAACCAGGUAGUCUACACCUACCGACAUGACUCAGACCACUUGUCAGUGACUUCAUGGACUUGUGCCAUAAUUUAGUCUGGCCGCCCCUAGCUUUCUUCCAACCUACUCCACUCAUAUACCCCUGAACAUCGCACGUCGAGGCAGUCGGUCGUUGGGCAUACGUAACACAUGUCCAAGCCAUCUCAACUGAUGAAGUUUCACUACGUCACCAAUUGAUUUGUCAUCCUUACCUAGUACCCGUUUCCUAACAACUGCAUUACUUACUCGAUGGUCCCAGGAUAUACGAGCAAUGUUUCGAAGACACCUAUGAUCAAAUACUAGUAACCUACGAAUAUCCUCUACUCUUACCGGCCAUGUUUCACUACCAUAAAUUAGAACGGAACGAACUGCUGCACAGUAAACCCGUCCUUUGGUUGAUAGACGGAUAUCUCGCCUACGCCAUAUAUGACGCAAGUUGGUAAAACCUAGUCGAGCCUUCUGUAUCCGUGCUGAGAUUUCGUCACACACUAGACCACAAGGGCUGAUCAGACUUCCAAGAUAAGUGAAGCGGUCGACACACUAAAUUACUUCACUCCCUAUCACUAGUUCGGGUGUCAAUGCAACCCAAUCCUGAAGCAACAUUUUGCAUUUCGAGGGGGAGAACCGCAUCCCGAACAUGCCUGCAUUGCUGCUUAGAGUGGUCAGAAGACUCUGCAUUUUGUCAGCGUCUUCGCCAAAUAAAACUAUGUCAUCAGCAUAUUCUAAGUCAACAAGCGAACCUCCCGGUAGAAGUUCAACCCCUGGAAAUUUAGAUGAGGAGAGUGUUAUCUCUAAAAGUACGUCAAUGACAAAGCUGAACAAGAGUGGAGAGAGUGGGCAGCCCUGACGAACACCACUUGAGGUAAUCAAUUCUGAUGACAGUUCGCCAUAAGCUCUUACUCUACCAGUUGUGUUCGAGUAGAGAGCCUUUACAAGGUUAAUGUACUUCUUUGGUACUCCUUUCAGUGACAAACACUGCCAUAGAACCUUACGAUCAACAGAGUCGAAUGCCGCCUUAAGGUCGAGAAAUACUACCAUUGUGGGGCGUCUGAACGUAUGUCUGUGUUCUAGAACCUGACGUAGUGUGAAUAUGUGGUCUAUACAACCACGUCCAGGUCGAAAACCGUCCUGAUUUACUCUAGUCUGUUCUUCACGAGCUUUAGUUAGGCGUCGAAGUAUUAUUGAGGCUAAUAUUUUAGACACUAUAUUUGUCAAACUGAUUCCUCCGUGAUUGUCACAAGAGGACUUUUGUCCUUUCUUAUAGACUGGCACAAUCAGUGAUUGAGACCAGUCAGAUGGAAUUACGUCCAGUUCCCAAAUUCUACCUAAGACCUCAGUUAAUCUCACUGCUAAUAUUAAACCACCAUCCUUAAAAAUCUCAGGAGUAAACCUGUCAGGGUCUGCUGCUCUCCCUCGUUUCAGAUUUCCUAUGGCUUUUUUAACUUCGUAAAGAGACGGAGGACCUACAUUAACUUGCCAUUCAGGUUGACUGAAGAUCGUGGGAAACCAAAGUGUGGCUGAAGGCCAGUUGAACUGAUCCCUAAAGUGUUCUGCCCAUCGAUCCAAUCUCCUGGAUUGAGAAUGUAUAAUAUGUCCAUCUUUCUCUGAGAUUGUUUCGCUAACAGUCGGUUUCUUAAUACCGGUUUCCUUAACAAGUCUGAAUGAUUGUCUGCUAUUACCUAUUGCCGCUGCCUUUUCCAUCUCUCUUGCUUUCGCUACCCACCACUGUUCACGAUCAUUGCGUAGACUUCUUGUCAGCUUGCGCUUAAGCUGACUCCGCUCUUCAUUAUGUUCAGAGCCAGGUGGAAUGAGUUUCCGAGCAUCUAUCAGUGCGAUAGAUGCUGCUGAGAUCCAGUGUUGCUCCUUAACCUUACGGGUUACCGUACUAGCAGAUAUCACUGCUGUUUCCACAGCUUUUCGGAUAUCAUUCCAUGCUGCCUCGGGGUGGGCAUCAUAUACAUGGCUGCCUAACUGUUUUCCUAGUUGUUCCUGAAAUAUACUCUUAGCUUGACUAUCAUUAAGUAGGGCCCUAAGAGGUUUACUUGCAGCGUCUUUCCUACGUUCAGUAAGACGCAGACAGAUACGCGGUCGUACUACAGCAUGAUCUGAAUCUAAGCAUGUGCUCCAGAAUGAGCGACAGUCUUUUAUCGAACCCCUCCAUCAGUGGCUGUUUUUCCUUAUGCUUAAAGUUAGUAUUUGCAAGAAAGAGGCGGUUAUCUGAGCAUAGCUGCAACAGACGGUCGCCAUUAUCUGUUCUUUGAGCCACGAUGCUAUAAGAUCCACCCAGGUGUCUUUCCCUAUCGCUUAGUUUACCUACUUGAGCAUUAAAGUCACCGGCCACUAUUACUACAUCCGAGCGCCUAGCUUUUCGGAGAAGGUCGGGUAGCUUUCUGUAAAACUCAUCUUUUACAUCAUCUACGCUGCAGGCAGUGGGAGAAUAGGCAGAGACGACGAAGAGGCAACGACGAAUGUCCCUAUCUUUUCGGAUUCUUACUGUUCCAUUCAGUCGGACAGCGCACAAACGACUGUCUACUGGGAUCCACUCUAAGAGAGCUAGUUCUGCCCUAGGACUCAAUGCUAUACCUACGCCGGCGAGGCCACGGGAAGCAGAAUCAGGGCUUCCAGAUACACGAAGUGUGAAUCGAGUUGGUUCUUUAUUUUGGCAUAGUGAGGUCAGAUGAAUGACGCUACUUGGAUCCUGUAUGCGCGUUUCGGAGACGCAGCACACAUCGAUGGCGCGGGAUUCUAAAGUCCUAGCUAGGGAAGCCUGCUGUCCUAUUUGGCACUGUUCGGACGUUAAAAGCUUCUACGUGUAGUUUAGAGCGUGGUUUCAGGAGACUAGGAAUAACGUUCCGCGUACUCGAAUGGUUUGCCCUAGCGGUGCGAGGUGAUAAAGAAAUGUGAGGAGGGUUAGUCAUGGAGAUAAGAGAGGUAUUAAGAGGUGUAGGAAGGAUUUGAAUGUGACCAACUUGGCCUCGUGUGCUGUUACGGGUAUGAGGGCUGAUAUCACUUCCCGGUUGCCCACACCGUGGAAGGGUGUUUCUUGAGGAACCUGAAAAGGAAAUUAGAUUAGUGUUGUCUUAAAGACCUGGGAGCGUGACCGCAGAGCCCAAGGGACAACUGCUUGAGGCCGGUCGUGCACGGCCUUUUCGUGGAAGGUUUUUAAUGUGUUAGCUCCGUUCUUCAAAGGGCCUGACCGCCGGAGACGGAAAUCCGUGAGGUAAGGUGGGGUGUGACAUUUUUAGGGUUGACCUUUUCUAACCCUACCCCUCCUUGUGGGAAGCCAGCAUCGCUGUAGAUGCUGGUUGUCUGAGGGAAACACAUUACUGCUGUCACACCCCUCUACAGUUAGCAGUACGACUUCGCCCUCAGACCUUGAGUUGCUGCUUUUAGUCUUACCGUUCUCCAAUCGACCUGCCUGGCAUGGUAGAACCUACAGGAACAUAUGUUCCAGCCAAUAUAGCUCGGUUGGGUCAUUACGAUAGGCAAACCCGACCACCGCGUCAAGGUAGCAGCUUCGGUCGGGUUUAAUUGUCUCUGGAAUAUGCUGCUAGCCUUUCUAUCCUGAUGUUGAACUUUGACGAGUCUUCUUGUUAUGAGUUUCUUUCCGUUCACUAUGAAUAAGACUAACGCGUGUUCGUACUACACCACGGCCAAAGUUUACAGAUGUUCUCCGAAACGAGCGGGAAUCUUCUGCUGAGCUUCUUUCGAAAUGGCUGGUGGCAAUGUUACUUAUUUGUAUCUAUCUUUGAUCAUAUGUUGAAGGUGGCCACAUUAGACGAUGUCUCUGUGUGUUUACGAUUGGUGCUUACUAGUAAUAAAAGAUUGCAAUAGACGGUUACUUUUAUUAGCUGAGACACAGAAAAACCCACUUAAAUAUCUUUCAGCUGUAUUUAUUCUGCCUAUCCGGGCGUUCAAAUUGCCUGGUACGAUUACAACCGCUGAGCGUUUAGCUUUUUAAAUUAAUAUUCAACUAACUUACUAUCCUGUUUGGAUUCAUGGUUGAUAUUUUUUACUGGUGCUUGAGUAUAUCCACAAACUUAUUAUUGUCAACUUUGGAUAACUAUUAAACUUUGUUGCCUUCAAAGCUAUUUAGAAUGAUAGGAGAUUGUUUAAAAAGAAAAAAAAACAUUAUUGCAAUGGUUUUAAUUAACUAUUUACACCUGCUACACGAUUAGUGAAAGAAUUUACUCACUUUCCUAUACACAAUCCUGAUACCUGUUGUCCAAUUAUAUUAAUAGUUUUAAAACAGUUAUCAGUAGCUGUUAUUGUUUUAAGACUGACAUAAGAUACCACCAAUUUGUAGGGCAGUGCGAUUGCUAUCAAAUUCAUGUAUCGAUUUACUUAUGAUUCAUAAGUUUUUUAUUCAAGUUAGUCUGUGUGAUAAUUCAGUCUAUUUUAUAUUAUCUGCUUAUUAUUAUAUUCGACGAUUAUACGCUGGUUGUUACGAAAUAUUUGACGUAAACAACUGAAUUGUACUAUAGCUUUCGUAACCUGAGCAUAAAACUCGAUCAGUUCAUUAAAUAUUAAUUAAUUAGGUCAUUUUUAUCUAUCCUAUGCUGAUCUAUAGCAUCCCUGCGAGCAUCACGUAACCUACUACAGGUGUAUUUGAUUGGUCUAAUUCGUUAUUCUCUCUGCUAUUGGGUACUUGAUUCGAUUCUAAUUGCCCUUAUCUAGGUUUAUACAACUAAGUAACUAAUCAAGAUAUAUAUAUAUAUAUAUCCACAUCGCAUAAACUGUCACGACUUUAUCCCAUACUUCCACUUCUCUUAAUAAAUACGCAUGAAUCCAAAGUUGUGAAAUUCUCGCACGAAUGGUGUUUUAUAGUAGUCCUAGUUACCAAAGUUCUCCGUAACACGGCAAAUCAACAAAAGACAAUAAUAAGAAAAUUUCAUACAAUUGGUUCCAUUAGUGAAUUUAAAUAAAGCCAGAACAAACAUUGAUGCAGAAUGAUAUGAAUUCAUUAUAUUUCGUGGUUUCUCAUUAGCUGCUUACAACCAAAUAUGUAUUAGAAUUUUACAUCGAGUUAAGAAAUAGUAUGGAACAAUUGAUAUUUCUUACCUCAAUGUAAAAUUCUAAUACAUAUUUGGUUGUAAACAGCUAAUGAGAAACCACGAAUUCUUAUUAUUCUGCAUCAAUAUUUGUUCUGGCUUUAUUUAAAAUCAGAAAAUUAUUUGAUUAAUUUAUUUUAAUAUGAAUCUGUCACGUUUGAAGAGAUUACGAUAUCACCUAAAACCGGCGAACGAAACGAAGGUCAGAAACACAACAACAGGACAGGCUAAACUAUUCCACUGCGCCCCAGCUCUGCUAAAUAUAAGGUGAAGACCAGAUUCAACCGAGGGAAAUGUAUAUUCCACAAGCAGCCAGAAACACGAACAAAAAAGCGCACAACUCAAGCAUAUAUAUACAGUAUAAAAAUGUUCUAGAGACAAGUCAAAGAAUAACGUAUUUAAAGAGGAAACGAACCAAUUACAUCAAGGUCCUUCUAAGUGGGAAGUACAAUCUGGAGGUAAAAAUGAGCGGUUUUGGCUCAAAAAUAAGAACUUCAAAUUUUAAAAAUAAAACUGUAAGAAUAAGACGUUUACCAGGUGAUUUUUGUGGAUCUAGCAUCCCCCAAAAAAUCUUAGUAUUAUUGGUAUAUGCACUACUGAUGACUUGUUACGAUCUUAUUUUGUUAAAUUUUGUUUUACCGUCAGUUUCAGUAAUCUUUUUUCUAUGAAUUUGAAAUAAAUCAUUUCACGAUUUACCUGGUAAAUUAACUUGCUUUUCUACUUUGAAUUCGUUUUCUUUUCAACUAGUGUAUAAAGCUACAUUAAUUUUACUACAAUCUGUUCCUAGUGAGAUUUGUUUAACAAAUCUUAAGACUCGUAUGGAAAAUGUAAGUUAAUUUGUCGAUUAUACACUGACUUUAUGUUAUUUUGGAUAUAGAGUAGUGUAAUCUAAUCUUACCAAUAUUAUCUUUUACUGAUUGAGCCUGUUAAAAUUGAAUAAUUUUUCCACAACACUAUACGGAAAUCGAUCUAGCUUACAAUUUACUGAGUUAUUUUAAUUUUCUAUAAUCUAAAUUUCUGGUACAUAUAAAACGGGAAUGGGUGGAACCCGUACCUUUAUGACUAAUCAUCUCAUAUGGUUACUAUUAUUGUUGUCAGAUGUAGAAUUUUCGAAUGUUUAUGUGUUUCUGAACUGGUAUCUUACACAUGCUGAUGUGAAGUUCGUUUUAAUUUGGGAGACUGUUAUUUUCGUGGUAUUCUCAUAAAAGUUCACUUAUAAAAGACAGUAUUAUACAGUACCUAUAUGUGACUGAUAGCGAUCACUAGAUGGGCAUCUAUGAUUGAAGACCUUAGGUGACAUAUCUAAUACUCGGUUAUUCAGUACUCACUCCAUUUUGCUGUCAGUUUUGGAUUUUAAUACUACUUUAUGCUUUCCAUUUCUUUGGUACUAUAUUUUCAAUGUUUAUUUUUUUGCUAUCAUCUGAACUUCGUCUUGUUAAUUUCAUCUCAUUGUGCUAGUGUUAUACAUGUUAACUGUGGGAGACGUUCGUUUGUACUGUCCUGCGUUUAUUCUUAAGCGUUCCUAACAAAACAUAUCCGUAUUCGGAGUUCAGAUUAUCAUGAAUAUAGUUUUAUGAUAUUUCUUUUAUUUAGUUUAAGAAUCAAUUAAUUAGCCACCCUUUCAGUGUUAUAGUCUUGUUUUGAACCUCAAAAAUGUAAAAAAACUGUUUAUUGUCUGUUCCUUGGGUAUAAUGUAGUUUUUACAUUUGAAAUGCCUAAUUUGACGUACUUGAAAUUCUUUACCUUUAUAAGUGGCACAUAAAGAGUCCCAUAUUUUGCGGGAAAGAUUCACUCCAUCCAAGGACUUUCACAUUAGCGUGUAAACGUGUGCAAGUUGAUUUCAAAGUUUAAGAAAAUUAUUUAGCUAAACCAAUGUAUAUUUUUUACACACUCCUCUUUCCUGUUUCUACUGAUUGAAGUGUGAUAGCUUGAACCUUCAUACUUUUUUACAAGUCAUCUACCUUAUCUUACCUACCGGUUUCAUGCAUUUACUGUCACAAUUUACAUGUUUACUUAUACAUAAUGGAGAUGAUUUCACACUUCUAUCGUAGUACGUGUUUUUUUUCGAAACUGGUUGAUAUUUUUAGUAUUUUGAACAUAACAACUACUUUUGUUUGCUACUUCGAAAUUCAGAUUGAUGGAAUUCAUAAAAUUCAUGAUCUGCAUGUAUGGCGUUUACAAAGCAAUUGUAUUAUUGGUACUGUUCACAUUCGUUGCGUUAGCUUACGUAAGUUUAUAUGUAUGCUUCUAAAGUUUUUUUCCGUUUGCUGCAUUUUAUGUUUCUAAUUACGUUUGAUUAAAACUUACUUUUUACAUUGUUGACAAUUCAAACUGUUAAUUUGGAAACGGAUACUUUAAUUAUAACUUUGUUUAACUAAUAAUGUUUGUUUUUGUAGAAAGUUUAAUUUGGUUAACUGAGAGAUGAUAAUAAGAAAUUGAAAUUUUUAUUGCUUUAAUUCGUUUUCGUUCUCUGCAGAUGCUAGUUAAGUGACUGGAAAUCUACGUCCUACAGGUUUGCUCUAAUAUACAUGAUAUUGUAGGUAUACUUGUUUCUCAACCGUCGAUAUUAAUUUGUAGUCUUUAUCAUUACUGACACUGCUAUAUAUAUAGUGUAAAAUAGUAUGGAGAAAGUUCGUAGAUCUAUUUCUGAGUUGGAUUGUGUAAAUUUGUCUAUAGAACGCCCGUGUAGUAUUAAGACAUUCAGACAUGUUUGUCGCUUUGCAUAUUUGAUUAAUCAGAUGUAAUUAGCGGAGUUCUCGAAUAGUGUAUGAUUUAGCCCAAGUUAUAAUGUUAAUGAAGGAAAUAAUAAAAAUGUGAACAAACAGUACUGUAGUUGAUCGUUGGUUAAAUGUGGAAUUAUGGACCGUAUUUAUUGUCUAAUGAUAAGAACUACAUAAAUGUUAUUUAUGUAUCAAGCUUAAAUAGUCUAUACUGUUUUGAUCACAUAGUCUGGUUAGAAGUAGUUCACUACUUUUACAGUGCGUAUCUCUUAACAUAUAACUAAGCUAUUAUUAUCUGUCAAUCUUGGUUCUUGGUAAACGUUAUUUAGAUUUAUAGUAAGGAGCUUAGGUUUUAUUAUGAAAAUGACAAUCAUAAUCCUUUUUACAUUGUUUAUUUGUCUGCUAAUAGAGUAUUUGUCCCUACUUUCUUUUUUCUUAAUCUGUGUAUAUAAAAUCUAUUCGGUUAGAUAGAAACAAUGAGUAAGUAAGGAUAAUUGAUGCUAAUCUUACUAUUACUACUAGUAAACAAUCAGCCUGCUGUUGUAGCAUUCUGCUUCUCGAUUUCUCACGUCUCCUUUUAAUCUAAUGACUUGAUUUAAUUUAAUUAGUAAUAAGUGUUAAUAUGUUGCUCACUGCAUGCGCUUUUUUAUGUUGUGCUUUUUUGACGUUUAUAAAAGUAUCAAUAGAGUGAAAUAAGAUGUAUCUUGUUGUUCAUCUAAAAACAUUAGAUGAUUUUUUAUUACUUGUGACCAUUUUAUUCUUUUUAACUAUUUUUGACUUUGGUCUAGUGGUCACAGUUUUUAUUCCUUUUUCAAGUAGUUGUGGGGGGUAACUGGCUUAUGCAACGUCUGGAUUAUUUAAUUCAACUCGUUACGAUCCAAUAAAUUUCAACCUAAUAAUUUUAAUCUAAACGUUUUCUACAUGUCAGUUGUUUGAUACAGAAGGCUCGAUUAGCUUUUGUCAACUUGCGUCAUAUAUGGCGUAGGCGAGAUAUCCGUCUAUCAACCAAAGGACGGGUUUACUGUGCAGCAGUUCGUUCCGUUCUAAUUUAUGGUAGUGAAACAUGGCCGGUAAGAGUAGAGGAUAUUCGUAGGUUACUAGUAUUUGAUCAUAGGUGUCUUCGAAACAUUGCUCGUAUAUCCUGGGACCAUCGAGUAAGUAAUGCAGUUGUUAGGAAACGGGUACUAGGUAAGGAUGACAAAUCAAUUGGUGACGUAGUGAAACUUCAUCAGUUGAGAUGGCUUGGACAUGUGUUACGUAUGCCCAACGACCGACUGCCUCGACGUGCGAUGUUCAGGGGUAUAUGAGUGGAGUAGGUUGGAAGAAAGCUAGGGGCGGCCAGACCAAAUUAUGGCACAAGUCCAUGAAGUCACUGACAAGUGGUCUGAGUCAUGUCGGUAGGUGUAGACUACCUGGUUGGGGACCGCGAGAUGAUAGCAACCGAUGGUUAGAGACCCUGAAUGACAUGGCUCGAAAUCGUUUGCAAUGGCGCAGGUGCAUCCACUCUUUGUGUUCUCCCAAAUUUUGAUCUCCUUAUUCCUCCUUGUCCCUUUUUUCCUCUUCCCAAAUUUAUUUCACUGUAUUAUACUCUUUAAGUAACAUCUCCAAACCCUAAUUUUCCUGAUUACUGCUUAUACUCUUAUUACCUCUACUACUACGGGAUUUGAAUCGACCACUGCAUCUCUAUGCUAAUGUGGUGUGGCAACUCGAACUUAUGUACGUACGUACGAAGUUCUACGUUGUUACUGACUGACUGACUGAGAGAAUUAUUUGCUCUUCAAUUUAUAAUUUUAUUGUCAAGAAUUAAUUGUGUAAUUUAGUUUUUGGAUGAUAUUGAUAAAACUAAAACUCAGAAAUUUUUUUCACUUGGCUAAGAUGAAUAAGCAAUAAAUUUAUGACCUAAUGGCACUUUUUAAUCCAGCUAUUCUUAAGCUUUUUACACAUGAUUAGACUCAACAAUUAUCGCUUGCAAACGUGCACAUUAACCAAAACUACACAAAAAUAAAGUUUGAUUUUGGACAAGGUGAUCUGAAGCGCUGUUGGAAUUUUAAAGGCUGUUGUCACUUCCCGCUGUCAACAUCGAGGAAGGAUAAUUUUUCUUGAUAUACCUGACAUUAAAAGUGGUGUAGGGGUAGUUUCGAGGGCCUGGAUGUGUGACCAAAAAGCUCAAGAAACAAAUGCUUGCAGUUGGUCACAGAUUGUCUUUCUACAGGUAGUUUUUGGCAUGCUAGUUCCGUACUUCAAAAGGCAUUACCGCCAAUGAUGGAAAUUUGUAAGGUAAGGGGAGAUGUACUAUUUUGAUGGUCUACAUUUUGUAAUCUCUAUCCUCCCGUUGCAAAAAAGCAACAUCACUGUAGAUGAUGGUUUUUUAAGGAAAACAUCUUACUACCGUCACUUCCGGAUAAAGUCAACGACAAUACCUCUCUCUAGGAUCCAACAAUUUUGAUUGGGCCAUUUCGAAAAUAGAAAUCAAUCAUAUACGUUAAUACCUAUAGUUGGCAACUGUUUGGUGUGGCACGAGUCGAAUUAUUUUUUUAUUUGAUUGGUUCAUUACAUGUUUAGAAAACAUGUUAUUGUAAGAAAAGAAAGUUUUGUGGGAUUUCCAAAAAAACUUUAUUUUUAAUAUAGAUAGGAGCAGUGGCGCCUAUACAAUGAAAAUGAUUAUUUUAAAAAUUAUAUAGCAGUGAUUGGAUUUCUCAUCUUUCGAACUCCACAGUACCAGUGCUGAAUGCACUUUUCACUUAAUAUUCGUUAUACCUGUUGUUCCGUCGUUAAAAUCUAGUCUUAGUGGUUGGUACCAUUAGUUGUUUGCCAUACAUUCAGACUUAAAUUUCUUGGUUUUAUUUAUCAUUUAAAGACUCAUCACGGUGAUCUAUUUCUAAAUAUAUUUCUAUUUUUGUUGGUUUUCCCUUGUACUUUUGCAAAAUGUGUCGACUUAUGUCAUUAUGAUUUUCCUUUUUUUCAGUGUAGAUAUGUUUAUUUGGUUUAAUAUAUAUACGAUAGGACAGAAACUGUUUUCAGAUAUGAGCUUUGUGUGUGUAUAAUACAUAAGAGUCAUAGAUUAUCCAUUCUAAAGACACUGUGUAUUUUGUCUAUAUAGUCAAAAAAUGCUUAUUUCAUUCUCUUUGCAUGCCAGUAUUGUACUAGUGAAUUGAAAAAUUCAUCUAAUAUUAGUGUUUGCUUAGCUUAAAUUUGAUAAAGCCAAGUUGUUUUUUACCUCAUUAAUGAAGUCUAGUGAAAAUCACAAAUUUGAUUAAUAGUAUUAUUAUUAUUAUUACUAUUAUUAUUAUUACUGUAAACAUACUAUCUAUCAAUAAUCAUCCUGUCGGAGACUUAGUUUGAUUGACAUUCUCAGCAAUUAUAUGACAAUAAAUCGGGUUCGCAUGCGGGUAAUCACUUUCUGGCUUCAUCAUUGACUUUCGUUCUAUGAUAACCAAUUCUUUCUGAGAUUAUGAUUGAACAAAAAUAUAGAAAUGUGCUAAUAUAGGCAAAUGAAACUGGGAAUAUAAUAACGUCAUCUGAAUUGAUCAUGUUUAGCAGUUAGUUGGAGGGUCAUAAAUUUAAUUAUUUACUUUUUAGUAAUUGUUAUUAUCUGUUCAUCCAAAAUAUGUCCAGACAUUUUAAUUAGUUUGACAAGAAAAUACUCACUCAAUAAAAAGGUAGUAAGAUUACUUAUGAAAAAAGAUUUCCAUAGGCCUUUUGGAUUGUGACUAGCAGUGAGAUUUAACGCUCGGAUUUUGUUGUGUUUGACCCUCAUCAUCUGGUUUUGUUUUUCACAUCGACACUCGAAUCCAGUAGCCGAGGUUUUACCAACUAGGCUAUUAAGUCACUUCAGCAGUCAACUUUCUUGAUGAGUAUGAUGUAGAUUGCAUUGCUACUCGCUAUCCAAAAUAUAACCAAUUUUUAGCUACGUCUAACUUCAAGGCAUUCUCUGAAAGAGUUUACAUGCCAAUAAAGACUGGUCAAAUAUGGUGUUAUUUAUCGUCUGUUUGAAAACAUAAAAUCGUACUAUUAUCAAUAUUUGUCGGGAAAUAUUAAGAAUAAUGUUAUGAAAAGUGAAGUAUGUCAGUCAGCAGACAAAAACAUAGAUGCUAUGUUAAUACAAAAAGUAAACAUCUAGAUUAACGUAAACAUUUUAAAAAUUCAAAGAUUCGUCGAUUUCGAAAAGGAAAAUAAUAUAAAGUUAAAUCGUUAAAAUAAAAGCUAUGAUAUAGUAUUAUGUAAUCACAUAUCAAAUAAAAUAAAUCUUUGCGUUUUUAAAUAACUAACAUUCCUUAAAUACAUAAUUUUAGUUUAAAUACUAGUGUUCAUUAUUUGAUUGUAAUGUAAUAAGUUAAUAUAACAUUUAACUAGUGGUUAAGCGCUUGCGCAUGAGACCGGUAGGUCCUGUGUUCGAAUCUCGCGGGGGGCGAGAUCGUGGAUGCGCACUACUGAGGAGUCCCUAAUAGGACGAAACGACCGUCCAGUGCUUUCAGAUUUUCCAUGGUGGUCUAGCCUCAAUUGACUCAUGAUCUUAACCAUUGAAAUUAAGAAAGAUUAGUUCGGCAAAGAGUUCUCUUUUCAUUUUCAAUGAAUUCGCUAAAAAGAGAACUCUUCGCUAAACGAAUCUUUCUUAUUUAAUGUCUUAAUGCGUGUAUUCCGUUUACUAAAUAUGACAUUUCCCUACCAUGUUCAUUUAAAAUACACUAUUUGUAAUGUCGUUUUUUUCAUAUUUCUUACAAAUACUAUCAUUUUUUUGCCGUUUAGUUUAUUAUCAUCAUUCUCAACAAAAUACGUUUAUUUUCAUUCAUUUCAAAGAGAAUUCACUUUCCACCUAUUCAAUAAAAAUAUAUUAUUUUAAAAUUGAUUAGAUACUUAAGAAUAAAUAUUUUGAUUAUGUAUAUUAUUAGUAUUUUGGUACACAAUAACUUAUUCUGUUUAUUAGUGCAAGCAGAUUAAUUCAAUAGGUGUAACCAGAAAUGUUUCAUCUCUCCAAAAGAUCUUGAAUGAAGUUUUUUUGUUUUUUAAAAUUCACAAGGAGGUUUUAAGAUGAAAUAAUAAAUUAUAAUAAUAGUUCAC